UGUUGAUUUAGUCGACAUUUUAUUUAGUUAGUUUCAUAACGUUAAAUGGUAUGGUUGGGUGAUUUUAUAAUUCUGUUCUGUUUAAAAUUGUGUACUACCUAACAAUAGUCGGUAUAUUUUGUAUGUAAGUGGUUUAAAAAAGCAACACAGUGGAUUUUAGGUCUAUGAAACCCUGAAUUCGUGAAUGAAAAUAAGAGUGCAAAGCGAAAUUGAUUUACAAGUAGUUUAAACUUGCAACGGUCAUUAUGGACAAUGACGUAAUAACUGAAAAUAUAAAAUAGUUGUUUACAUUCGUUUGAAUAUUGUAUUAAAAACAAACAGCUGCUGCUGUUGGUUGUUGAUCAAUCAUCAUCAUAAUAAGAAGAACCAGUUCUAAAAAAUACUACAUACUCGUAGUAAUAAUAUGCGCGGUUUUGAUUUUUCAAAUGAUUAUUUUUUUAUAAAGUGUGGUGAUGAACUCAAAUGGAUGUCAAAGUCUUAAACAAAUAUUAUUAAUUAAAGUGAUAUAAAAAAGGAAAAAUGGGGAAUAAAAUAGCUUGUGGUGGUUCUGAGAAGUAUAUUUCGACUUGUUGCCAAAAAGAUUCAUGGUCACCCAAACACCAAAAUGAAAUUCAAUUCAAUAAUCGGUUUACUUUGCAAACAAUUGAAUCCAACUUAAAUGAUACGCCAGGGGAAGAUGUUUUGGGGGUGCUUAACGUUGACAUGUGCUUUGAUGAGAAUUCCAAUGAUCACCAUACAAAUCGCUUUGUAACAUCACAUGAAUAUUUGAUCGUACGUCGAGGGGAGCCAUUCCGCCUGAGGAUUUCCUUUAACCGUCCCUAUGACGCGAAUAAGGAUGCUAUUAGUUUUAUGUUUACCAUUGCUGAUGAUAAGAAACCUAGUCCAGGGCAUGGUACUCUUGUGGGGAUUACCCCAUUCAAGGACGAUAAGAAUCUGGGAGACAUUUUCGAGUGGGGUGUCAUAAUUGAUUAUGUCCAGGGAAAUUCCAUGUCAGUGCUGAUCAAGCCCGCUGUCACUUGUCCCGUGACGCAAUGGAAAUUAGACAUCGAUACAAAACUACUCGGACGUUCAUCACGAUCACACUCAAUCCAGACUCCAAUUUACAUUCUUUUUAAUCCAUGGUGUCGAGAUGACCAAGUGUUUUUGGAUAACCGCGAAGAAAGGAAGGAAUACCUUCUGAAUGAUACAACUCUUAUUUGGAGAGGAUCUUACAAUCGCAUGAGACCAUCGGUGUGGAAGAUCGGGCAAUUCGAGCGAUAUAUUUUGGAAUGCUCGAUUAAACUGAUCGCAACAGUGGGAAAGGUUCCAGCAGCCCACCGAGGAGAUCCCGUCCGAGUAGCCAGAGCUCUUUCGGCUGCCGUCAAUUCGGUUGAUGAUGACGGAGUUAUGUUGGGAAAUUGGACAGAGGACUUCUCUGGUGGUAUUCCACCAACAAAAUGGAUUGGAUCGGUGGAAAUUCUUCAGGAAUUUUAUAGAACUCAAAAACCUGUGAAAUUUGCACAAUGUUGGAAUUUCUCCGGAGUUCUUACAACUGUUGCCAGGGCUUUGGGUAUGCCCUCAAGAAUUGUCACAAACUACUCAUCCGCUCAUGAUACUCAAGGUUCCUUGACGGUAGAUAUUUUCAUCGAUCAAAACAACAGAAAAAUGGAGGAAGAGACAUCGGAUUCUAUAUGGAAUUAUCACGUAUGGAAUGAAAUAUGGAUGGAUCGUCCUGAUUUGGGGGUGGGUCCGAACGGUUCCUACGGAGGCUGGCAGGCAGUAGAUGCCACCCCACAGGAAUCUUCCGAUGAAAUGUAUCGAUGUGGACCAGCUUCAGUGGCUGCUGUUAAACAAGGAGAAAUUCUUCGACCUUAUGAUUGUGGAUUCUUGUACUCGGAGGUAAAUGCCGACAAGGUCUAUUGGCGAUAUAAUGGACCGUUCCAACCAAUUAAACUGAUUCGCAAAGACGCACUUGCCAUCGGCCAUUUGAUAAGUACCAAAGCUGUUGGAAAAUGGACUAGAGAAGAUAUUACAAAUACGUAUAAGUUUGAAGAGAAAACGGAAGAAGAACGAAAUACCAUGGUGAAGGCGUUGAAACAGUCUCGACAUGCUUUCAGUCGUUACUAUCUCAAUGAUAAUUUCAAUGAAGUUGAAUUUGAUAUGCAGUUGAAGGAUGAUAUAAAAAUAGGAGAGAACUUCACAGUUGUUGUGAAAAUCACAAACAAAUCAAAGGAAAAAGAGCACAUAGCUGCAGGGUAUCUAAAUGCCGAUACAGUACUUUAUACUGGUCUUAAUAAUGCCGAAGUCAAAUCGAUUGGUUUCGAGGUAGAACUUAAACCAGAUACAUCGGAAUAUGUUAGAAUGGAAGUUAACUUUGAUGAUUAUUAUGCAAAACUUCUCCCAGAGGCUGCCUUUAAUAUUUCCUGCUCGGGUAAGGUUAAGGGAACCGACUGGGAAUACUUUGCUCAAGAUGAUUUCCGUGUACGCAAACCGGACAUAAAGUUCUCAUUCCAGGGCAAAGUUAUAGCCAAAGAAUCUGUGGAUGUUAUUGUUCGACUUACAAAUCCACUACCUAUUCCCCUGAAGAAGGGUUUGUUCUAUAUUGAAGGACCGGGAAUUGAGAAAUCUUUGAGAUUCAAGAUUGCUGAAAUACCUGUUGGAGGAACAGCAGCUUCUACGUUUAAAUUUAUUCCUCCAUAUUCUGGUCGAGGAACUCUCAUAGGCAAAUUUAAUUCCAAGGAAUUAGACGAUGUUGAUGGUUAUUUACAUUUUGAAAUUGAACCUAGACCCGAAGAUAUUAUAAUGAACGAAAGUAAUGUAACGAGAACAGAAGCAAUCGUUCGAAGAACAGAUGUGAUUCCUUAAAAUACUCGAAAUUUACUUUUUUUGAUAACAAAUUAAUAAUACAUUAGUUUUUAAGUUUUUAAUUGUUAAUAUUGUUAUAAUUUAUAUUAAUUUUAAGUACAAUCUAAUGAAUGAAGUAAAUUUACUUGGCGCAAUAAAAUUUGUUACAGAUAUUAAUGCUUGCUUAUUUUAUAAGAAUAACAAUUGAAUUAUUUUUUUAAAUACACGAUAAAACGCUUAA